CCCUCCCUCCCUCUCUCCUCCCUCUCUCCUGCGAGGACCGCCAGGGAAGGAUAUCAAGCUCCACUAUGGCACUUAGUGUGCCUGUGACAGCAAAGACUACUGAGAGUGGUGAGAAUGGAAGACUUGCUUAUGCCGUGUCAGCUAUGCAAGGAUUUCGUGAAAAUAUGGAAGAUUCUCACACAGCUGUUUUACAACUUGAUGCUGCAACUGCCACAUCAUUCUUUGGUGUUUAUGAUGGCCAUGGAGGACCUGCUGUUUCAAGGUAUUGCGGGAAGCACUUACACGUUGAGCUUCGCAAACAUCCACAAUUUCAUCGUUAUCCCAUUACUGCACUUGAGGAAACGUUCUUAAGGAUGGAUGAGAUGAUGAGACGCAGAAAGGCAGGGAAGGAAUUAUCUGGGUAUGGUGGUAAUGAAUAUUGGGAUGAAUAUAGAGAGGCCCUUCGUGGACGACGUUUUUGUCUACCAUUCUGUGGGCAGAAGCUUCCCUAUUCGGGGCCAUUACAAGAUGGAUGUACAGCAUGUGUGGUUCUCAUUAGAGGCAACGAAAUCAUUGUGGGAAAUGCUGGUGAUUCUCGUUGUGUACUCUCAAGGAAUGAUCUGGCGGUUGAUUUAUCCACCGAUUUUAAACCAAACCUUCCAGCCGAAAGACAGAGAAUAGAAAAUGCAGGACGUGCGGUAACCAUAACUGAAGCAAGAGGAAAUAUCCCUCGUAUUGAUGAAGGAAUUGCGGUCUCAAGAACACUCGGUGACCUGUCAUACAAGAAUGAUGAUAGUUUACCUGCCAUAGAACAAGCAAUUACUGCCUUACCUGAAGUUCGCACUGAACAUAUAACUCAUGAUGCUCAGUUUCUUAUUUUAGCAUGUGAUGGAAUCUGGGAUUGCAUGACAAGCCAGCAAGCAGUUGAUUAUGUGAGGAUAUACUUAGCUGCCAACGCAGGGCUGACGUUCAUCUGCGAGUCCCUUCUUGAUCACUGCGUAGCACUUCCUAGAGGGAGGGACAACAUGACUGUCAUGCUGGUUCGGUUCAAGACCCCAGGCGCCGGCCAAGCUAGCUCCAGCAACGUGCUGCCACCACCACCGCCACCACUGCCACCAGCAAUCGUCCCACCUGCUGGCGGCCAUGGUGAUCAGGUGCCGCCAGAAGCAGCUGGCGGCCAUGGUGAUCAGAUGCUGCCAGCUGCUGCCGCCGGCCAUGGUGAUCAGGUGCUGCCAGCUGCUGCCGCUGGCCAUGGUGAUCAGGUGCCACCAGCUGCUGCCGCCGAAGGUGAAGCUUCGUGCUUGCAGUCCCAAAUGGUGCCACUGAGUAUGAGAACCCAAAAGGAGCCCACUAGCACCAGUUCUGACCCGCCCACCCCCAACUGGGGUUCUGCAGCUGAUGGCCUCCCGCCUCCGCCGGUCCGUAUCCCAGGCGAAUCCAGGACCAAAAGCUCCCAGAACUCAGCCGAGGGCUCCAAGAACUCGGAGCUUUGAGUUCGUUUUCAGGAAAAGAUGAGCUUGAUUACCCUGGAUCGUUCAUGUGGUGCAUCUUAUCCCCCACAAGAGUUUUGGAUUCGUUUCAUCAGGACAAGAUGAACUUGAUUUCUGUCUGCGAUAUUGUGAUUUCCUAUGAGAGUAGCUUGUCGUACUAGGUAUACUGACGACGGAGGUUUUGGCCUGUGAGCUAUAUGUCUGGGUUAACACACCAAUAUUCUUUGUUUCCUACGGUC